AUGGCUUGGACCAGAGUUUUGGUUAAGCAAGAAAAGAGAAAGCAAAAGGAAUAUUUUGAAAAGAAAAGGUUAAAAUCAAAAAUGAAGUUACUGGGUGUUUUAUCCCCUGCCAAAAAUUCCACUGUCAGUUUAGAUCUUCUUAAUCUAUACAUAGUAAACCAGAUAUCAUGCAAGAAGGAAACGCCUGAAACUGUGAAUAAACCAGUCCAUGUCAAUAUGAACGGAAGCAUAACAGUGUCCUCAAGGAAGCAUGAUUUAGAACUUCCAAUGUCACCUAACUGCAUUCCAUCUAAGCUUUGCAUUGAUGAUACAGAAAACAACAUAUACUUUCAAAGACUAGGCAACAAGAAAGAAACUGGCUCAGUUCAGUCAUCAGGAGUUAAGGAUUCAAAUAGUGUGAUCAAAUCUCUGAACAGAAUAGAAAACUGCCUAUUCUCUCCAAUGUCUUUUUCAUCAGACUUGCCCUUUAAAAGUCAAACCAAACAAGAUUUCACUUUCUUGGAAAGUUACAUUUCCUUGCUUACAAAAUUAAGUGAAGGUCAAGAUGCUUUCAGUUCAUCAUAUAAUACAGCACAACUUGGAACAUUAUUUGAAAGAUUAAACAGGUCAGGAGAUGGAUAUUUUCAUAUUGAAAGACCUAUAAUUAUGGAUGAAGAUUCUGGAAGCAUGAAUGAAAGAAGAGAGUCAGACUUCAUUACUGAAAAACAAACAGGGAAGCCUUUUUUUGGAGAAAAUAGAGAAAGAGUUUUAAAUUGUCUUAAAGAUGUGAACCAGCUAACCCCUAGUAUUGUAUCAGAGAAUUGUGACUCUUUCAUUAGUCAAAAUAUGAGAAAUGUAUUAAAUUUAGAUAAACAGCAGAUGAAAGAAAACAUUAGCAGUAUGAGAGAUGUCUGUACAGUUUCUAGUUCUAGUGGAAAUGAUUCCACUAAUAGAUACAUUCGGAGUAUUUGUACAGUUCCAGAGUUGACUUUCAGCAGUUCCCCUUGUAAUAGAACAUAUUAUCCUGAGAAGUGUCAGCCAAACAAGAGCUGUCAAAAAGAAUCCAACAAUAGUGAACGAAAUUAUUUUAGUACAUCUUUUGAGAAGCAUUUUUGUCCAGCCAGCUCUGAAAAAACAGGAAAAUUUGAAAAUUACCAAGAGAACUUACCAGAGAAAAUCCAGAAAUAUCCAAGGACUAAUAUAGGUAAAAUCCCUUUGGAAGAACCAGAUUCUGAAAACUCAUGGGACAUUGGACCUGACGAGCCACAAGGUCAGCAGUUCCAACCCACGAGCCGUGCAGUGGGAGAAAAGAUUCUGGAAGAAAGAGGAAUGUUUUCUUUAGAAGGGAGGCCGAUACCUACUAAGAAAAUCUAUCUUGAUUCGUCACAGAGUAGUCAGUAUACAAAUUACUCUCCAAGACAAACAGAUAGUUGUUUCAGUUCUAGUUCAGAGAUGCCGUCUGAAGAUGAAGAGCAAAUAUUUCAGAAAAAUGAAGAUUCAGAUAGAAGAUUCAUUAAAACCAAAGAAACAACUAGUAAUACUUAUCCAAACAGGAUGUUAAAUUUUCCAGACGACAGGAUUAUUAAAGACAAUCACAAUAUUCACACACAGAAUGACUAUUCUCAUCAGUUCUCAAUUAAAAUUGGUACAGAUCAGUCUUCACGCUCUCAGAAUAACUCUAAAUACACAUUGCAAAGCACAGCCAGCAAUAACUUCAUUCUGCAGGUUGUAAGAUGUGAUGCUUGGGUACAAACAGAGAGUCAACAAACAAUGGAAGAAAAAUUAGAUGCUGCCAUACAAUGUGAUAUAAUUUCAAAAUGUAAAUGUAGAAAUGAUACAGCUUCUCUUUGUAACAUUGAAAACUGCACUGAAAAUACUAAGACGGGUACCACUGGAGGGCAGGACACCCUAAAGAACAACUAAGAUUCUAAAAUCUCAGCCUGGAUUUUUGCAUUUCACUUGACCUAGGAAGGCAAUCGUAUUAGUUUAGACUUUUACUAACCAAGUAAGGAAUGAGAAAAUUGCAGCUAAGC